AUGGCUGGGCGUUUAAACCUUAGUGGUGACUAUGUCGACUCCUACCGCAAGCUGUCGUUCAAGGCCCUGGCGUCCCUGAGCUGGAUAACUCGGCACUGCCCGGACGUCCCUUGGACGCUGCACGCAGACGAUGACGUUUUCAUCGACGUCUUCCUAAUGCUCGAGUACCUCCAUGAGGAGAAGCCGGAGUGCUUUUUCUGCGACAUCCUGUGGAGUCAGGUGAUGCGAACGGGGAAGUGGGCCGUCGCUCGAGAGGAGUUUCCCAGCGACGAGUACCCUGCCUUUUGCAGCGGCCCUGUCUGGGUCUUGCCCACGCCGCUGCUGCCUCGCCUGCUGGAAGCUUCCAAGUCUGCGCCUUUCUUGUGGGUGGACGAUGUGUACGUCACUGGCGUACUGGCCCAGUAUGCUGGCAUUAAACACCUCGGCAUUGGUUCUGAAUCCCGGCACAUUCGGCCCUCCGACGUGGGACUCGUGAUGGCCUGGCACAACUUAGAGGACGACAGGAAGAAAUGGUGGUCAAUACUUACUCGAAUCUAUAAGAUGGCCUUCCUGCGAUCCAAAGGCCAAGUAUCGUAA